CAAUGUCACACGGUCUCUCUUAAAAGGACCAUCACAUGUAUCUUGUAGUUAAGAGAGAGAGAUAGGGAGAGAGAGAGAAUCACAGUAGCAAAGGAGAGGCCAGGAAAAUUUCAGAAAUCCACAAAUAGAGAUAGCUCCCAAGACACACUCUUAUCCUUAUAUCUUCAUCUUCAUAUAUCUUCACAUAUCAACCAAUUCUUCAUUAAUUUCUCAAAUGGCAUUUUCCAUUCGCCAUUGAAGAGCCCUCUUUUUUCCAUUCCAUUCUCAAUACACGGAAACAAUAAAAACAACUCAGAAGCUAUGGCACCGAGGUCCAACAGAGGAAAAGGAAACAAAACCAAAGCCGAUAAGAAGAAGAAGGAAGAGAAAGUUGUUCCUAGUGUUCUAGACAUAACUAUCAUCACUCCUUAUGAAACUCAAGUUAUACUCAAGGGCAUCUCCACAGACAAAAUACUCGACGUGAAGAAAUUACUAGCUGUUAAUGUCGAUACUUGCCAUCUAACCAAUUACUCUCUCUCACACGAGGUUAAAGGAGCAAAGUUGAAUGAUAGGGUGGAUUUGGUUUCUUUGAAGCCAUGUUUGAUGAAGAUGGUUGAAGAGGACUACACGGAGGAGGCGCAUGCGGUGGCGCACGUGCGGAGACUAUUGGAUAUCGUCGCGAGCACAACGCGUUUCGGGAAGCCCAAGGCGAGAAGAGCCACCACAGUCGCCGGAGGAGAAGCUCGAUCCAAGAAGGGACGAUCUCAAAAUGUGCAGGUUACAGCCGGCCGACCUGUCUCUCCCUUGUCUGAUGGAGGAGAAACCGUUGAAAAUGGCGGUUCCUCCGAAACAGAGACAACUGCGGCUGCAACUUCUCCGGUAUCGGGGAACCUCGACAUGGCAGCCAUUCAUCCGGUUCCGAAGCUCUCCGAUUUCUACGAAUUCUUCUCUUUCUCAAAUCUCUCUCCACCUAUCUUACAAUUGAAAAGAAUUGAUGGCCAGGAUGCGCAGGAGAAGCGCGAGGGCGAUCACUUCGAAAUGCAGAUUAAAAUAUGUAACGGAAAGUUAUUUCAAGUAGUUGCAUCCACGAAGGGCUUCUACGCCUUGGGAAAGCAGUUUUUGCAAAGCCAUUCCCUGGUGGAUCUUCUUCAACAGCUCAGCCAAGCUUUUGCUAACGCGUAUGAUUCCUUGAUGAAAGCCUACUUAGAACAUAAUAAGUUUGGUAAUCUUCCAUAUGGUUUUCGGGCGAACACUUGGUUAGUUCCUCCAUCCAUUUUGGACUCAGAAUCAAACUUCCAGCCACUUCCAUCAGAAGAUGAAAACUGGGGUGGCAAUGGUGGAGGCCAAGGGCAAAAUGGUCAACAUGACCAUAGACCAUGGGCCACAGAGUUUGCAAUAUUAGCCAACCUUCCUUGCAAGACUGAGGAAGAAAGGGUGAUUCGUGAUCGAAAGGCAUUCUUGCUUCAUAGCUUGUUUGUUGAUGUCUCUAUCUUUAAAGCUGUUUCAACCAUACGCAAAGUCAUAGAUUCUGUUGCAACAUCAAACUGUUCUCCAGGAUCAAUAGUACGUGAGGAUCGUGUGGGAGACUUGUUUAUUACAGUGAGGCGUGAUGCAGCUGAUGCAAGCUCAAAGUCAGAAGUGAAGGUAGUUGGUGUUGGAUCUCCUACCAUGUCUUCUGAGGAAGUUGCUAUAACAAAUUUACUCAAAGGAAUAACAGCAGAUGAGAGUGCAGUAGUCCAUGACACCACCUCCCUGGGUACUGUAUUUGUAAGACAUUGUGGAUAUACAGCAACUGUAAAGAUUGUUGGUGACAUCAAAAAGGCAAAGUUCAUAUCACAAGAUAUAUCGAUUGAUGAUCAACCAGAAGGUGGAGCUAAUUCCCUUAACAUUAACAGCUUAAGGGCUCUGCUUCCCAACUCAAGAGAUCUGGAAUUAUCAGGAUCUCUAUCAUCUGAACAGGGGAAUGUUGAAGCUUCAAGGGGUUUGGUUAAACAAGUAAUAAAAGAAAGUUUGAAGAAUCUGGAAAAGUCAGAAGCUUCUGGAAAGCCUAUCAGAUGGGAAUUGGGAUCUUGUUGGGUACAGCAUCUGCAAAAGCAGGAAGCACCAUCAGGAGACAGUUCACCCAAUGAAGAUAAAGCUGAAACAGUGGUUAAAGGCUUAGGAAAACAAUUUAAAAUGCUGAAAAAGCGGGAAAAGAAGCAAAAUGAUGCUGAUUCCUCUGAUGAAACAGAAGAAAACAAUUUAGGUCAAGAAAGCAGUGUCAGUGAGUCAGACAUCAAAGAGUCAAACUCGGAGUCAGAGCUGACUAAACUGAUUCCAGAAGAAGCCUUCUUAAGGUUGAAAGAAAGUGGAACUGGUCUUCAUUUGAAGUCACGAGAUGAGCUUAUUGAAAUGGCACAUGCUUAUUAUGAUGAAGUUGCAUUGCCUAAACUGGUGACAGAUUUUGCAUCACUUGAACUUUCUCCAGUUGAUGGGCGAACACUCACUGAUUUCAUGCAUUUAAGAGGGCUACGUAUGCGCUCUUUAGGACGUGUGGUUGAACUUGCUGAGAAGCUUCCUCAUAUACGAUCACUAUGUAUUCAUGAGAUGGUGACACGUGCCUUUAAGCAUAUAAUUGAAGCUGUUGUUGCUUCUGUUGAAAACUUUGCUGAGCUGUCAGCAACAAUUGUGUCAGCUUUAAAUUUCUUGUUUGGGGUGUGGGGAAUAGAUGAUAAGAGUAAAGAAUUUACUGAAGAUCAAAGUCUUAAGCUACAUUGGUUGCAAUCUUUUUUGGCAAAAAGAUAUGAUUGGAAGAUGAAGGAUGAAUACCAACAGUUGAGGAAGUUAUCAGUUCUACGUGGAUUGUGUCACAAGAUUGGUUUGGAAUUGGUUUCACGAGACUAUGAUAUGGAAACUCCAAAUCCAUUUAGGAGUUCUGAUGUUAUCAGCAUGGUCCCAGUUUGUAAGCACGUAUUAUGUUCUUCUGCUGAUGGGCGGACGUUACUAGAGUCUUCCAAAAUUGCCCUUGAUAAAGGAAAACUAGAAGAUGCAGUUAACUAUGGAACCAAGGCACUUGCAAAGAUGAUAGCUGUAUGUGGCCCUUAUCACCGAACCACUGCUAGUGCAUACAGCCUCCUUGCAGUUGUUCUUUACCACACUGGUGACUUCAAUCAGGCAACAAUUUAUCAACAAAGGGCUUUGGACAUAAAUGAGAGAGAACUUGGGCUUGAUCAUCCAGACACAAUGAAAAGUUACGGGGACCUUUCGGUCUUUUACUAUCGUCUCCAACAUAUUGAACUGGCACUCAAAUACGUCAACCGUGCUCUGUUUCUUUUGUAUUUCACUUGUGGGCUCUCGCACCCCAACACAGCUGCUACUUAUAUUAAUGUGGCUAUGAUGGAAGAGGGUAUGGGAAAUGUCCAUGUUGCCCUCAGAUACCUUCAUGAAGCCUUAAAGUGUAACCAAAGAUUACUAGGAGCUGAUCACAUACAGACUGCUGCAAGCUAUCAUGCCAUAGCUAUAGCUCUUUCAUUGAUGGAAGCUUAUUCCUUAAGCGUCCAACAUGAGCAAACUACAUUGCAGAUUCUUCAAGCAAAAUUGGGAGUAGAGGAUCUUCGUACUCAGGAUGCUGCUGCAUGGCUUGAAUAUUUUGAAUCAAAAGCAUUAGAGCAGCAAGAAGCAGCAAGAAAUGGAACUCCAAAACCAGAUGCAUCAAUUGCAAGCAAGGGUCAUCUUAGUGUAUCAGAUCUACUUGAUUUCAUUAAUCCAGAUCAGGAUUCCAAGGGAGGAGAUGGACAGAGGAAACGUCGUACCAAGGCAUCACCAGUUGGCGAAAAGUCUCCUGAAGUACAAACACAAACAGAUUCAAAAAACAAUGAUACUGUUGAAACCACUACUAUUCAAGAAGAUGAACCAGAGGUGGUUAUCCAAAAAGCAAAAAAGGACGAAAAUACCCCUAAAAAUGUAACACUAGUCACAGAAGAAUUCCAAGAACCAAUCUCCGAUGAAGGAUGGCAAGAAGCCAAUCCAAAGAUCCGGUCAGGGUCAGGACACACGGGUCAAAAAAAGUUCAACAGAAGACGUCCCGACCUAACCAAACUACACGUCCAGGAAAAAAAGGAAGCCAUUGUCAUUCCAAAAGUAACCCCAAGAACAAGUUCAAUUUCCAAAAUCACCCCUAGGGUUUCCCCAACUACCGCAACUAUGGCUUCCAAGUCUGUCUCAUACAAAGCAGUUGCAGUCGCCCCACCAGGUACAAUUCUCAAACCCUUACUCGAAAAACAAGAACUUCACGAGGACAAAAACGUAAAAAACAUCGCAUCAGAGGAUGAUGUCAAGAACGAACAACAACUACAACCUGAUGUUGUGGAUCUCACAAUACCAGAGGAUGAAGUCAUAAAAGAAGUCGACACAGUUCACGAAACUACACCAGAAUCAGAAAAGUCAACGGAUGAAAAUAAAGAUUCAGAAACAAGUAGUAACAUAACAGACAAUACAACCGAAACAAAUGGAAGCAAACUUUCAGCUUCAGCUCAACCAUUCAGCCCUCAAAGCAACGUGUAUGAUCUCAUCCCCGAAUAUCCACCAAUCGCAGCUCGAGUUCCGUGUGGGCCCCGCUCGCCGUUAUACUACCGAAUGACACAAUCCCAAUCGUUUCGGUUAAAAAACGGGUUCUUAAAAUACCAAAUCCCCGGAAGUGGGUUCGGGUCCGGGUCUGGGUCUAGCCCACGGAUCAUGAACCCGCAUGCACCCGAGUUCGUCCCAAAACGGGCCUGGCAGGGUUCGGAAGGUGGGACAAUUGGGUCCGGGUCAGGGUCGAGUGAAGAUGAGAAGGUGAAAAAGAUGAGUUCGGAUGUUGAGAAAGCUGAGCUGGCGAGACAGAUUUUGUUGAGUUUUAUUGUGAAGUCAGUUCGUGAUAACUCGGAGGUGAAAAGUGAAAGUGAAAGUGGAGUGGUUAAAAGUGAUAGUGCACCCCCACAGUCACAGUCACAAACACAGACACCUGCGAUUAUGAAGAUAAUUUAUGGGGAUGAUGAAGGAGUGGUGGAGAAAAAUAAAGAUGAUAAUGGAAAUGGAAAUGGAGACGGUGAAGGGUUUGUUAUGGUGACGAAAAGGAGAAGGAAUAAACAGCAGUUUGCAAGUGGGGUGAGUGGGUUGUAUGGACAUACUCAACAGCAAUCUGUGUCUGCUUCCGUGCGUUGAGUUGAGUUGAGUUGAGUUGAAUGAAUAAAAUUGGUUCAAAUCUGUUGCGAUUAUUGUUGUUGUUACUCUUGGUGUAAGAGGUUUUGUUUGACUCAUAAUAAUAAAAUCAUUAAUGUUUGGUUUAUGUAACAUUAAAUCUAACAACUGGGUUGUUACUUUUUUUCAAACAUGACCAUUUUGUUUUUGGAUCAAAUCAGUAAAAGGAUAAAAUACUCUUUUUACUAACAUUUAACGGCAAUGUUUAACAGAGAUGGUGAUAAAGACCAUAAUAAAUCGGAAGGGACUGCCUAUGUAACAAAAAGUAAGAUUGGACACAAG